AAACUGAUUUUUUGCAGAGCGAGCGAUGAGUGCAUGGCACAGGAGGAACGCAGCGCGCGGAUUCUGUCUGUGUUUGUCCUAAAGUGAAGGAUGCAGGUGAAGAAGAAGCACCGGGACAGGGAGAGGAGCGCCAGAGACAUCCCCGACAGAGAUGGCCUCCGCGCAAAGUCCUCAUGCUUCUCAAAUAUCAAGAUAUUCUUGAUUUCAGAAUGCGCCCUCAUAUUGGCACAGGGCACGGUAGGCGCGUACCUGCCGAGUGUCCUGACAACGCUGGAGCGACGGUUCAACCUGCAAAGUGCCAACGUCGGUGUGAUAGCCAGCAGCUUUGAGAUUGGUAACCUGGCGCUCAUCCUGUUUGUCAGCUACUUCGGGGCCAAAGCACAUCGGCCCCGACUGAUCAGCUGCGGAGGUAUUGUUAUGGUUCUCGGCGCCCUUCUCUCAGCUCUGCCGGAGUUCCUGACCAAUCAGUAUGAGAUAGGGAUUCUUUUUUUAAAUCAGUGAGUCUGGUGUUUCUAUUUUUUA